GUUUGAUGGCCGGAGGAAGAAGCGACUGAGAUCCUGGCGUGAAGGAAGAGAAAAAAAAAAAAAAAAAAAAGAGGGACGACGACGGUGGGAAAGACAAGAAGGGAUUUUUUUUUUUGCUUUGAGUUGGAAUUCGCGUUGAGACGGAGGAACGCUCGAACGGGACUCUGACACGUCUAGUCUGGCUGAACAGCGCCUCGUCUCUGCGCCUCUGUGCCGGUGUGUCUCCCCCCUCGGCGGGUCAAAAAACUGGGUUCGGGGAGUGCCGCUCCUCGGUGGCUAAACUAGCUAAAUCUGAGCGCCUGGGCGGAGAGAGGAGAGUCAAGAUUUCGUCGUUUCCAGUCAAUGUGAUAUAAACAACGGAUACCCUCGACUGAAAGCGGAUCAGCAAGAGUCUAGGCGGCGGAGCGAAGCACACCAUUAGUAGAGGAAAAUGAGUGAACUGGAUCAGCUACGCCAGGAGGCUGAGCAGCUCAAGAACCAGAUCAGAGAUGCCAGGAAAGCGUGUGCGGAUGCUACCCUGUCUCAGAUCACAGCUAACAUCGACCCUGUUGGCCGAAUUCAGAUGCGCACUAGACGAACGCUGAGGGGGCAUCUGGCUAAAAUCUAUGCCAUGCACUGGGGCACUGAUUCAAGGCUUUUGGUGAGCGCCUCCCAGGAUGGCAAACUCAUUAUCUGGGACAGCUACACCACAAACAAGGUCCACGCCAUCCCGUUGCGCUCCUCCUGGGUGAUGACGUGCGCCUAUGCCCCUUCUGGGAACUACGUUGCUUGUGGUGGCCUGGACAACAUCUGCUCCAUCUACAACCUGAAGACCCGUGAAGGAAACGUGCGCGUCAGCCGCGAGCUGGCCGGACACACAGGAUACCUGUCCUGCUGUCGCUUCCUGGAUGACAACCAGAUUGUCACCAGCUCUGGAGACACCACCUGUGCUCUGUGGGACAUUGAGACUGGUCAGCAGACAACUACGUUCGCUGGUCACACCGGUGAUGUCAUGAGCCUCUCUCUGGCGCCCGACACCCGACUGUUUGUGUCUGGAGCCUGCGAUGCCUCAGCCAAGCUCUGGGACAUCAGAGAAGGAAUGUGCCGACAGACCUUCACUGGCCACGAGUCAGACAUCAACGCCAUCUGCUUCUUCCCCAACGGCAACGCCUUUGCCACGGGCUCAGACGACGCCACCUGCCGGCUGUUCGACCUGCGCGCCGACCAGGAGCUGAUGGUUUACUCCCACGAUAACAUCAUCUGCGGCAUCACCUCCGUCGCGUUCUCUAAGAGCGGCCGCCUACUGCUGGCCGGCUACGAUGACUUCAACUGCAACGUCUGGGACACUUUGAAGGCCGACCGUGCAGGUGUCCUGGCCGGUCACGAUAACCGGGUGAGCUGCUUGGGUGUGACUGAUGACGGCAUGGCAGUGGCGACAGGGUCCUGGGACAGCUUCCUCAAGAUCUGGAACUAGAGUCUGAAGACGGCAUCCGGACUCCAAAGUUGAGUGGAAGACCAUUCCAACAUCACAAUGUUCAAUUUUAUUGCAUAUCCAAUCUUUUCGAGAAAAAAAAACAAAAAAAAAACAAAACACCAUGAUACUGACUCCAAACACCCCCAAAAAACUAUCAAGGGCAAAAAUUCUCUCUCUCUCUCUCCUCCUCAUUUAAAAGAGCACAAUUAUCCGUCACUCAUUCAGCUCCGACAACGACAAAAAAACGAAAAAAGACAAAAACAGCUUGAGGGAUUUAGUGGUUUUAAAGUGGAACGGAGGGGAAACUGUGCAUUCCUCCUGCCACCAUGGUCUGGUGUCGUGAUAAAUGAAAAUACCCCGCCGCCACCACCGCUGCCAUCGCCACCACCAAGCAAACGUGUCCUGCGUCCUCAUUAUGCACAGGUCUGAGUGAAGGUUACGACACGACAGCGAUCUAACUCUGAAUAGCUUUCUGGCCAUGUUUGUUUCUGUUGUUCUCAUGGUUCUGUUCUGUUGAACGGAGGUAGAUCAGCCGGCUGUCGGUUCAUGUUGGAAAUGAGGAUCAAAGCUUUGUUUUAUUUCCUAGUCUUUACACAUUUUAGAGAAAUGUUUUUAAGUUGAAAAAGAGAAGAAAACCUCCAGAUCGCGCCGUUUUAAACCCAGCUUUAUUCCACUGGAGAACAAAGCGAGAGAAUUGAGCUUCAACAGGGAGUCCUCGAGCCACUUCUGGCCCUUCUGUAUAUUUAGCCCCUCGAUACUUUUACUGUUUCUUUUUUCCAGUGUAGUCCACGAAUCUUUGUUUGCACAAAAAUUAAACUUUGCAUAUAUAGAAUAAUGUCUAAAGAAAAAAAGUUAACUAACCAAGCACAUGCUGUUUAUGAUAAUGAAUGCUCGUUUUUAAAACGAAAAACAACAAAAAAAAACAAACCAUUUUAACCAUUCUUACACCUUUUUGUCUGGCAACAAUGUAGAAUAAUUAAAUGAAGAUUAACCCAUCGGAUCAUAAUCCACCCCACCCCCUUUUUUUUUUAUUCUUUUUUUGUUUUUUGUUUGUUUUCCUCCUUAACUUUAGUUCCCCUGGUUUCUGUUGCCCGUGGUUGGGACCGGUGAUGUGAAUUGGUCGGGUCGGACGUACCUCCACUUUAGCCCGGUUACAAUCCGGACAUUUCUCUUUUAACAGAGGUGCCCAUUCCGUGCUUGGAAAUGCAGUUACUACUCUGUGAAUGACAUGUUGUAUAAAUCAAUGUUUGAAAAUAAUGAUAUUGAAACUUUUUAAGUUAAAAACGAAAAAAAAAAAAGAUUUUGGUUGUCUGCCAUGGGUGGGUUAUCUCUUAGAAUCGCAUGCUGUAGAAUUGCUUAAAAGGUGCAUAUGGAAUUAAGUCCUUUUGAUGUUUUUCUUUAAGAAAAUAACCUGUUGAAUAUAUCAAUACGAUGGUAUUUAUAUUUUUUUUUCUUUUUUUUUUUUUUUUUUUUUUUUUUUUUCUUUUUUUUUGUUCCUUUUUUGUUUUUGGCUACUCCGUGCAUACAUGAUUCAACUAAAAUGUCAAAGCUAUGCACUCGAGAAGCAAACCCUGCGACAUAAACGGUUACUUGGUCCAUUCUUGGGAGGGAUUCCACAAAUUGAGACGUAAAUGUUUAAAUCGUACACACAUGCAUACAUACAUCCAUCCACCCAAACGUACACGAUCUCGAACGGAACAAAUACAAAUUCUCAUUCCUUCUGUAGCAAAACGAAAUUCCAUUUACAAAGAAAAACAUUUUAUAACAGGUUUUUUUCUGUCCUUUAUUAAAAAAUGAAAAAAAAAAAAGUCUUGCAGCAUCUGAAUGGCAGAACUUUCUGUUGUUCCCUUCUCCUUGUAAACAGAGACGCUCUUUCUUUAGCAGUAGUGACAUUUUUUCCAUUCUGUUUUUUCUCUGCGACAUUCUGUACAAACAACAACAAAAAAAUAAAAUGUGCUGUAAUUGUGCGUUAGGCCUGGAGUUGGCAAAAAAAAAACAAUAAAACAAAAAUAAAAAAUAUUAAAAAUUAAUUAAAUUCCCUUUCCUUUUCUCUCUCUUUCUCCAUCGAAUAACUGUAGAGCUCUGCACCCCCACUGUUCCCCUUUUCACCUUUUGUAUUUAAUUUUAAAGUCAGUCAGUGUACAACCGAAAGCUGGAUGCAAGAUAGAAACUAUAUUAAAAUGUACUGUUAUUUAAGAUGUAAUAAAAAGCAGUUUGAGAUGACCUACUGUGUUGAGUGUGAUUCACUUAGAGCGAUUCCCACUGAAGCUAGAAUGUUGCAGACUGUUUGGUUUCCUUGUAAUUAUGUUCAAGUCAAAUAAACAAUUUCUUAUCCACUGUUGAA